GUUUGGUCGCGUUCUUGCGUGGAUUUGCUUGCUGUUCGUUGCUGGUUCGAUUUUGAACAUGUUUGUUGCUGCUGCUGCUGCUUGUCUUGUGUGCCAGGCUUGCUUUCGCUAGAACGGCUCCUGUAGUAACUCGCGUGUUUUGUCGCGUGCGUGAAAUUCUACCCUCUACAUCAUACUGAGCAUCGGGGGGGUUUGUCCCGCGGUUUGCUAGUAUAGGUGGUUUUGUUUUCGUGUUCGGUGUGGCACAAGGUAACUCUUGUUCUGUUGAUUGCUGUAAGCAUAAAAACGGGUCACUCAUUUCCGCAAACAAACCUGUGCUACUGUGAAUGCUGUGAGUUAUCAUCGUGACCAAGACUAUCACAAAGGGGGCCAGCCAGAGCAUAGCUAUCGCAAGUGAGUGGCGUGUUGUGUUGUGUUGUGAUGUGAUGAUGCUGCGUGUGCAUCUCUGACGCGAGAGUGCAAGUAGUCAGUCGGAGGAGUGUCAAGUGUGUGACCUGUGGGUUUGGAGGCCGGAACGGAACGAGUCGAAAGGAUUGGGUAGGAUUUGCAGCAGUAGGAAGACGUGCCACAGUUAGCUGGAUACAAACUUUCUGUUUCCGUGUCUUGUUCAAUUCUAUCAGUAUCGCCAUUUAUAUUUGUUCAGCCCACAGAACAUCUACUAAAGGACUAAGUUUUUCCAAUUCUCGUUUGAUUUUCCGCGGAACGGUGACGUAAAAUUUGUGCGCGUGUGAAAAUUCCAUGAAUCACAAUCGGACUCUGUUUUGACGGGGGAAGUCAAUAAAUCUUGUCGCGAAUUUACCCCCAAAGAAGAUUUUCCCGGCAGUGGUCUGGUUUUUAUAUGCAACUGUGAAUACCCCAGUUGACAAAUGAAAGGAUCAGAUUCUUGGAAGUUCAUCGUAUCUCCUGAAAUUUAUGGAAAAAAGUUUUAAAUCUAGCCUCCAAAAGUCAUAGUCGGAGAGCAGAAAAGUGCAUGAAUCGGAAAAAUCGAUAAAAUUUUAUUGCACCUCAAAACCGACAGCAUUCCGACAGCCCCUCGAAGGUUUGGGCUUUUGUUGUUGUUUUUCCUGUUCCUGGUGCAGAAACCGAUGAAUAAAAAGCGGUGAAACUCUGAAAUCAAGUUAAUUCUUGACCAAUUAAUCAUUUGCGGUUUCCUCCACAUCGCUGCGCUAAGCUUUCAUUUGGUUCUCUAUCCUAAGUUGUACAACAACGAAUUGUUCUGAAUUCGUUAAACCAGUUUUGUGUUCGUUCGUUCGUUUUGCUCGGUUCGCUCGUAGAGAUGGAAAAUCAGGAAUACCAAAAUAAAAAAUAAAAGAAAACAACAGUGCAAAUCGUACAACCUUCUCGUGGAAGCAAAAAAAAAAACAAAAAAUAUAUUCAAGUACCAAGUAAUUCGGAAAAGAAGUAUACAAUAAGAAGAAAUACAAUCUAGCAUAAGCAGCAAAUAUGAUCAAGUAUCUAACGCACAAACUUCGCACACAAUCAAUCAACGAUGAAAAUCCGGUCAAUGAGAAGAUCGACGGUCACGAUUCGGGAACGGAGUCCGAUGGUGAUUUGGACCAGGAAGAUGAUUUGGUUCAGGAGCACGACAUGGAGCUAAGUUUGAGCUCCCGACAGGACACGGUGUCCCCUACUGAUACGGCUUGUUCGUCAGAAUCUCCGGCUUUCCUGGCAGGGCCGGCCUCACAUCUGCUGAUGUACGAUCAGAACAGUUCCGAGGAGGAGCUGGAAGUCAUCAAUGGUGGGGGUGGGAUUCUGGAGGGUGGCAGUUCUUCGGCAGCCGGAAAUGAUGCCGGUGGAGGAGCCAGUUCCGGAAAUGAUGGCGGGGGUGCAAGUGCUCGAUCCACAGCCAGUGAAGGGGGCCUUCGAUCGGCCGAGAGUAGUGAAAGUGUCCUAUCCGCCAUUGCUGCCACCAGUAGUGGGGGUGGUGGUAAUCGGUGUAGUAGUUUAGUGGGGAUUCGAGCUCCCAGUGUAACAAGUGAUAGCGAGGAAGGAUUGGAGGACGAGCUGGAAGAGGAACUGUGUUUAGUGUCGGAAUCUCCGGUGCCCAUUGGAGGGGGUCCUCUGAGGCCAGUUGCCAUUACACCCAGUAGAGGGGGGCCAGUUGGAAACCUUCUAGGGGGACACGGUCCAUCAAUGAUGAAUGCAUCUGUCGGCGGUGUUUCUACUAGCAGUGGUGCUACCAGUAAACAGCAGCAGCGGUGUAGUUCCAACAAUCUGCUAGAGAAACGGAAAAGAUCAUUAGCGCACAGUUCUGAUGAUGAGGUCCGGCAGCUUCUUGAGCAGCAGCAUAACCACUAUCAUCAUCAUCAUCAUCACCUGCACCACCAGCAACCGCUGAUGUCGGCACCGCCGGUGAACUUCCGCACCUCUCCGCCCCUGGAGGCACUGAAACCGCACAACCGGGGAGGAGCCGGCGUCCUCAGUUGUAUCCUGCAACGCUCGACGACUCCGCUGAUCCUGACCGAAAGUGGGCGGGGCCUGGAACACAUCAGAAUAUCAUCGUCCUCGUCGAUCUCGUCAACCGCAUCGUCCCUGUCGUCCCUCGGGGGAACCGGAAACGGUGCCGGUAGUAGUGGCCUCUUCGGAGCCGGACUGCCAAGCAGCUGUGAUAGUCCUUUGGCCGUGUUGGUCAACAGCCAUCAUCAACAUCAACAACAUCAUCAACAUCUUCAUCAGUCAUCGCAGAAUAGUAACAACAACAACAACAAUCUAGCACUGUUAAGUACAACUUCAAAUACAACCAAUAUGACUCCCACCGGAAAUGGUGGCAGUUGCACAACGUCAAACCCAUCAACGUCGACGUCACCGAUGCCGAUGCCCCUGGGGACACUGGUCCAGAACACGUCGGCGGCUGCCAUCGGUGCUUCCGGUGGGGGUGGAGGUGGAAUGGAGAUCAGCCGCUCGGUCAGUCCCCCGGCGAAGGUUUUCCACUGUGCGGUUUCACCCCGGCGAAGGCAAACCGGACGCCAUCAGCAGAGUCGGCUCCAGAGACCCCACAGGCCAUGUCUCGAUUUUGACAAAAUGCAGCAACUCAAGGCCCGCUCGGUGACCACGUGGCGUCCGCACGGCAGCGACCAUCACCACUCGACCAGCGGGGAACUGUCCGUCUUCUGCUGGUGAUGAUGAGCCAACGACGAACGGGUGCGGUAGUGGAAUGGAGAUGAUGGUGAUCCCUCCUCCUGACGACCGCUUCAACGUUUGUCCUACUGAUGGUAGUGAGCAGUAGCAACCCCGAUCGAGGAAGAAGGAUUUCUGAGGAUAAGCGCUGAUCCAAGUAUCGUCAAGCGAAAUGAAAGGAAGGAAAACAAGAGGAAGUGACUGGAUUUUAUAUUUAUCAGUGAUUUUUUCUGUUUUGAAAUCUUAAAAAGGUGAAAUAGUAGUCAACGUGUCAAAAUCGGAAAAAAUCUAGUAGAAGAUUGUGAACCAAGUAGUAGAAAUCAAGUGUAAUGCUUAGCGUGUGAAAAUGUUCCCAAUGAUGAUCGCGGAUCAAAUCCCCACGUUGAUAUUGGGGAAAAUAAUCCAUUUUCCGAAUAUAAUUUGUUACUAGCUUGUAAGCAACCCAUGUGAAUAGUUAUUAUUUCAUUUAAAAAAACCACACUGUGCAAACUAUGAACUAAUUUGAAAUAAGCGUUUUUGUGAUUUUACCAUUUAGUAGCAUUUUAUUAAGUUUUGAAAAAAAGGAGAAUGUUUCCUUAACAACAUAGAUUGUAACAACGUAAGAGUGAAGUUCUAAUCGUUGAGUAAGCUGAAGGCUUAAGUAUGAAAAAUACCAAAAGAUCAAACUGACAAAACAGAGAAUGCGUACAAAUUUUAAACCGAUCCAGAGUUGUUGAUUCAUCAUCGUGAUCGAAGUGAUCGAACUUGAUUGGUAGAAAUAAAUGAUUUAAGCGAUUGAGGGACCUUUCGAAGGUCGUUUCCCAAAAAAUUGGUGUCUGUCGAUAUUCGAAACGUGUUAAAGUGUAAGGACACUAACUUCGUGUUUUGCUCAGGGAAUGUUAAAAGACUUGGUAAGUUGGUUGAAAUCUCCCCUGGCUGUGAAAAUUAAAACCUUCAAAUGGCAAUAGUCUCUAAGGAUUAGGUGGCUUGGAAAGGUUAAAAAAAAUCUUCAGCACUUAAUUGAAUUGUUUUUUUUUUAUCAAAACUGGUCCAGAUUUUUUCACUUUUUUAAAUUCUAGGAGUGUCAAUUUAAUACAUACUCAUGACAAAAACCUUAGUAUCAUUUCAGUGAGACUGAAAUCGCCGAAAAACAUUUUCAACAUAGCCGGAUCAGUCGAUUGGAAAUUUUAAGAUUCUGUAAAGUUUUAAUUUUUUGUUACUAAUCCAUAUUUUGAGGUUAAGUCUUUAUUAACAAAAUUUUUAAAUCAUAUUUUGAGUUCAGAAAUUCUAAUCUAUUAAUCUCCAGCAAGCCACUGGAUCAUUUGAGCCAGUUCAAUAUCGAAGAACUUGAGUUCGGAAGUCUCGAAAAAAAAAAGUAUAUAACUGCUUAAUCUGCCAUACUUUCAUUAGUUACGAUGUUAUUGUUAUCACGAGAAAAAACUGCCAUAGACCAUCUUAUCUGUCGUUGAUCGUAUCUGAUACCUGAUGUUGAACAGAAAUUCUCUCAUAAGCUUCCCGAAUCCCGAAAGGUUAAAGAAAAUGAGCUACAAAAGUUCACCGUGUUGAUGAAAUCCAACUCAACGAUCAAUGCCAGAAGCAGUCAACUUCGAAUAUUAAAAAAACAAGUAAAACGAUACGCAUAAACUUACGACAAAGAAAUAAGAAAAAAAUACAUUACAAAUCGAUACUAGCGAAAUAAUGAAAAACAACCAUCAGUACAACUAAUUUAACAACACGAUUAGUAGGUUAAACUCAAAUGCGCAAAUCUCGACAACCGGAAACAAGCAUUCAACACAGACGUUAAAACAAAAACAAGCAAAGUUUCUAAAUUUUCACCGUUAUCAAAAGCUACGUUAAACGAACAAUGUUAGGUUAUGUGCAGAACACACGAUUACACUUAUUCUAUUUUACCGAAUCAUAGUAAAAGUAAAACAAAUAAUGAUUAUUACAACAUACACAUGCUCAUACAAAUUGUAAAACCAAUAGCAGUAGAAAGAAGGAAAAAAAAACACACAAUCAAGCAUAAAUCUGAAUAGGCGGUGGAAGAAGGUGGAAGUCCAAUUUUGAUUGCCAUGAUCGCAUGCGGCCAUCUUUAAAAGGUUAUGAUUUCGAGUGCCCGAUCAACAUUGAGUUCAGAUGUAUAUUUAAAUAAAAAUUGAACGUUGAAUCCUUUAUCAGUUAAUCGUUUUCUAAAUUGAGACUUCACUUUUUCAAUAUCGUUUGUUUUGAUUUGAAACUAUGAAGUUGAACUAACAAUAUUUGUUUUACCUCAUCCGAUUUUCUUUGUUAACUUUUUGAGUUUAGAAUUUAAUGAAAUCCAAUAUCUUUUAUACCAAGAAUAUCGCGAAAAAAAUGAUUCAUGACAAAGUCGUGGGCGAACUCAGUUUGAACAUAAAGGCGAAAAAAAAGACUUGACAAUUUUAUAAUGAUAUAUAAGAAAAAAAACAAAACAUUAAAACAAAAAUCUUUGAUUGGCAAAAUCGUGGCACGGAUCAAAACACAAAUCGAUAGAAAAACAUUAUAAACAAAUGAAAACUAAUAAUGAAAUCAACCAUUUACUACAUAUUGCACAUACUCACAGUCACACCAUAGAAAAUCAUGAUCGAAACUAAUCUAUACAAAACAAUUUUGAUAUCCAUAGCGCUUCGGCGGAAGUCGAGAGAGAUACUUUCAAUAAGUAGUUGGAAAACAAAAAAAAAAACAAAUGAUUAAAAAACAGUUCGAACUGAUAGAGAGAGGUGUAAAAUUUAACAAAAGAAUGCAAACAGCUGCUAUGAAGAGAAAAAAAAGACAAGACACAAAUUAUUAAUUAUAUGAGCAUUAGUAGUGAACUCAAUUUGAAAUUUAGGAAUAAAUUGAAACAAAAGAAAAUAAAGAAUUCACUUUAAAAACAAAAACACAUUGUAAAGUCGAAUUUUAACCGUUUUUAUUUGAAAUUGAUCGGCUUCCCAAACGAAGAUAAGAAGCUAAAUGAGGGUCGGAAAUUUGGCAAAGAAAUGAAGUUAUCGGUGUCGUAAAAAUCGGAUUGCAUUCCACUUAGAGAGCGUAACACGGGAAUUCAUACGAAAAAAUUAAUUGAUCGAAAAUAAUUGGAUUGUAAUCGAUGGAUUAUUAUCGCUGGGGAAGUGAUGGAGAUAUGUGGAAACCAAUAUGAUAUGAUAAUUAUACACAUCUCAACAGAAAAAUAAAUAAAACGGAUUCAGAUGGACGGAACUUCAAUUCUCUAGCACUCGGAUGAGUGAUCUAAAAUUUUGAUUUCGAUUUUGUUAAACUGUUCUAUCAACCGACUUGAUUUGAGAAAAAAAAGAUAAAAGACAAACAUACAUGAAAUAAAAUUUGCUGAAAUGUGAAUCGAAAUUGAAACCAUUCAA